AUGGUGAGUCGUUUGAGAAGUGAAGGAUAUUAUGGAGGUGUCCGGCUGCUAAUGGCUAUCUGUAAAGUUUUCUACAAUCACUGUAUUCAAAAUAAUAUCAGUUUAAAAGUUGACAAUUUUCACCUUAUCGCUGGGUUGUCUGGUUUGAGUGCAAUUGUUUGUGCUGCUCUAAGCUGCCUUCUUUACUUCUAUGAUGUCAGACAUCUAAUGAAAGUUGAAAUGAGACCUAAUCUAAUUCUCAACGCUGAGAAAGAGCUUGGGAUUGUUGCUGGACUUCAGGACCGAGUAGCACAGGUUUAUGGGGGACUGGUUUAUAUGGAUUUUAGCCAGGAGCAUAUGGACAAGCUGGGUCAUGGCAUAUACGUGCCAUUGGAUGUCAAUCUGCUUCCUCCUCUAUACCUCAUUUAUGCAGAGAACCCCAGUGACUCUGGAAAGGUCCACAGCUCUGUUAGGCAAAGAUGGCUUGAUGGUGACGAGUUUAUAAUAUCAUGUAUGAAGAAAGUAGCGCAGCUAGCGCUCGAUGGCCACAAGGCUUUGCUGCAGAAGGAUUAUACUGAGCUAGUGAGGCUUAUGAAUAAGAAUUUUGAUCUGCGAAGGUUAUUAGAGGUGUGCGAAGAGGUUAAUAGGUUAUUAGAGGUGUGCGAAGAGGGCAGGGCACGGACCAUGGAGAUAGCUUACCUCGGCGUAAUCGCGUUGGUUGCUGAAAGCUGA